UCCAUAGCUCCAAUCCUUUCCAUCCAUUCAUUUCAUUCUUUUCAUAAGAGAACAGCAUGUCAGAUGAGUUUCAGACUUGCAAUGGGAGGUGGUGGAACACUCCCAGGAAUUUUGUUGCUCCUCCAAUAUCUUGCUCCACUGCCAUCACUGACACCGGUGCCGGAGCUGGCACCGGCACCGGUUUCAGUUGGGCCAGCUCUGAGACAGUUGAGCUCAUGGAUCAAGUCAAACAAAUGUCCGGUGAGGAGCCAGUUCCCUCCUGCUCAGGCAGCUCAGUCACCUACCAAGAAACACAUAAGAUCGACGCCGCCCGAGCUGCCUCGGCCUCCGUCAUGAUGGAUGCCUCCUUGCAAGUCCCCACCUUUGGCCUCUCUUCUCCCAUGACGGAUUGGAACCAAGCCCUAUUAGGGAGAAGUAGUGGAAGAGGAGAGACUAGUUUCCAUGCCAUGCUUCAAGAAGGGAUGCCCAUGGAUGGUAAUCAAGAACAGAGAAACACUGACCAUGAGGGUUCAUCAGUGAACUUGUUUAAAGAUAUGAACCAUGGAUAUAUCCUUGACCAGCAUCAAUAUACUCUAGUUCCAUCCUCCUAUGGAUACUCUUCUUCUUCUUCUUCUUGUUCUUCUUCUCAAGCACUGCCUCAGCAACCUUUGGAUUAUGAGUCAAGUUCCAUGGGUUAUCGUUCUAACGAGUUACUCCAACCUUCAUGGACUAAGUUCCCUCAGUUCCUCAAGUCAUCUCCUGUGAAACAGCCUCCUUGUAAUCAGCUUAACUUCUCUAACAGCACUCCCUUCUGGAAUCCCUCCACAGGAGUUGCUACUGAUGUGAGGCCACCCUUCUACUCUUCACUGUCUUCCCAGCAGUUCAUACCACAGUCGUUGGAGCAAAAACCAAUUAGCAAUAGCCUCACUAUCAAGACAAAUUCAGAAGCUAUGGUUAGAGAUUCGAGCUCUGGAAUGAAGAAAAGCAACAGUGAUCAGCCAGCAACCUUCAAAAAGCCUCGGAUCGAGACGCCAUCUCCGGUGCCAACUUUUAAGGUGAGAAAGGAGAAACUUGGAGACAGAAUCACUGCACUCCAGCAACUUGUUUCUCCUUUUGGAAAGACUGAUACCGCAUCAGUUCUCCAUGAGGCCAUCGAAUAUAUCAAGUUCCUUCAUGAGCAAGUUGGUGUUCUGAGCACUUCAUAUCUGAAGAACGGGCAUCCCAUGCAACAACAUCAGAGCUCUGACAAAGCCAAGGAUGGGGAAGGGCCGAAGCAAGAUCUUCGAAGCCGAGGACUGUGUCUAGUUCCGAUAUCAAGUACAUUUCCGGUGGCCAGUGAGAAUCCGGCGGACUUCUGGACUCCUACCUAUGGAGGUACCUACAGGUAGCUGGAAGUGUGUAAUUAUAGUGUUCACUGAACGAAAAGCAGAGUAGUGGGGAUUGAAAGAACCUUCACUCUGGCCAUGACCAUUCACCAGCAUGGGACUAAAAGCAAAGAGCCAGGAGAGAAAAGAAAGAGAGAAAGAAGGAAAGAAAGAAAGAGGUGACCCCUAGAGAGACAGGCUUUGUUGGGACAGCUACAAGAAGAAUGAUGUGAGGUUGGCAAUGGAUUGGAGGACAUUGGAAAGGAAUACUACUGAAUUAUUGUAUUAAUUGGUGGGUAAGUGAAUGGGAACAGGUGCUAAAUUUGCCAGUGUGUUGGAGAUUAGUUUUAGGAUGGUGGGGACUUGUUGUUAGUUGUUCAAGAAUUAGCAGAAAUUAAAGAGCAGUACUGAUAAAAGGUGGUGGAAAUUGAAGCACAGAACAGAGAGAGAGAGAGAGAGAGAGAGAGAGAGAGAGGUGUUGUUUCUGUUUGAUGUGUGUCUAAGGAAAGGUUGGCACUUGGCAGAGGCAUUGGCCACCAUCUCUUUCACUCUUUCUAUCUCUGUCUUUAAAACAUAAUAACAAUAGUGGCAGGGAAUAAUUGAAUUCCUGAAUAGGAGCAAGUGUGUGGUCUUUUUGUUUGUGGGAUCUAACUUUUCAGAUUUAUUUAUAUGAAUUCAAUGUAGUGGCCUGGAGUCUAGAAACUGGUCCACUUUGUUUUCAAGCUUUCUCUCAAGUGUUUGUUCAGGAAUGGAAGGAAAUGCUUUAAGUUA